UAAGUGUAAAAGCAUCACCCACGACAAAAUCACAAUAUACGAUUCCUCUUUACAAAUAUCAUCAUGGAUCGGAAUAUAAACGUGCCACAGAAUCACUAAACGACUAUAGCGCGCAAGGUCUCAAUGAUAUUGCAUACUACGGUCCGGUAUCCGUUGGUAGUCAAGUAUUUCAAUUGAUGUUCGAUAGCGGAUCACCAUUACUUUGGGUUCCCGCCGCAAAUUGUACAAGUAGUGGUUGCACUGGUCAUUUAAGAUUCAAUCAAUCGAGCCCUUUACUGGGUCCUAUUAGUAUCCAAUAUAUGACGGGAUCUAUGGAUGGCUAUCUAUCUGAAAUUGAUGUCACUUUAGCAGGAUUGACUGCCAAAAACCAAAAGUUUGGUCUUGCCUACAAUGUUUCGAGUACUUUCUCAAGUUAUACGUUUGAUGGAAUAUUUGGAUUAUCUCCUCGUGAUGAUCCUGACGCAGGGACUCUAAAUCCAGUUAAAACGUUGGCCGCCCAACAUGUAAUUGACCCUUAUGUCGCAAUUCAUCUUCAAAGAAGUGCCAGUAAAGGGGACCAAGGAACUUUAACAUUAGGAGGAAUAGAUAAUUCGAAAUUUACCGGAUAUGUUAAUUACAAUAAUGUGACAAAUGACACAGCCUGGUGGACAAUUAGCAUAGAUAAUAUUAUGGUAGCUGGUAAAUCUACAGUUCAAAAAAGGUUCGCUAUAGUUGACACCGGCACUACAUUAAUCGUAGCACCACCAGAUGAUGCGCAGGAGAUACAUUCAUUGAUUCCGGGGUCAUCGUUUGAUCCCACAACUGGACUGUAUUCUAUUCCAUGUAAUACAGUAUUUAAUAUGAGCUUUGUGUUCGGAGGAAUCCUGUAUCAUAUAAAAGAUAGCGAUGUAAUUUUGCCUGAUACUGAGGGAUGUGUUUCGGGUGUAAUGUCAGGAAUUUCCUAUGGAGCUUAUGAUUGGGUGGUGGGUGACGUGUUUCUAAAGAAUGUUUAUACGGUGUUUAAUUAUGGAAACUUAAGUGUUGGGCUUGCACCUAGCGUAAAUUAG